UGCCCUAAGCCUUCCAUUUGAAUUGGAGCCGAGUAAAGAACCACAGUCCUGGCUUAUGGCCAAUUAUAGAAGAGGAGGCUCCAUCUUUGAUUCAUUUUCUCUGAGUCCGCUGCCUUACCCAGUUCUGCUGAUCCUGGCGGUGACAUCAAUAUUUCUCGGAAUAUCAUGGUAUGCCAACUAUGAAUCUGUUCUGGAAACCGCUGAAGAGCAACUGAGUUGGGUGCUUUUUGCCACACCGGUUCUGCUCAUACUCUUGGCUCGUUGGUUCUCCUCUGUUGAUACUAGUGAUAUGUGGUUAUUCAGUUCAUCACCGUGGGAACGUCGCCGCCGAACUCACCAUCUUCCUCCGGAGGGUAGCUCACCGUGGGCGGUGGCUGCUUUCAUUGUGCUGCUGCUGAUUUUGGUGCAGUAUCAGUCAGUUUUCCGCGUGAGCUGGCUGAAAAACUAGUUGUGAAUUUCCUUUUUGGUUGGUUUUUAGGUGUUUGACGUGUGAUAUACUGAACUGGGUUUGGCUUUAUCAGAUCAUAUAUGAUAUUGUUGUCUUAAAAUGAUACUGCAAAACUUAGA